AUGGGCAGGACAGAAGACAACAGAAGAAGUGAUCGCUUGCAAAGGGACGAUUAUGAACAGGAGGAUUGGAACGCCAUCAGCAAGACAACUAACGACGAAGAUCGUAACAAAGUUGGCAAAAAGGCUGCAAAGCCGCACAUGCCAUGCCACUCUUCCAAACACACGACCUCGAGCGGCAUCGAUACGAGCAUACCAGGCGACAUUGGUAUGGGCCAGACUGACAGAGAAUACUCCAAGGAUAUUCUUGCCAACCGCCGCAAGAUUUCCCUCCGUCUUGGCAGCAGGAAGCGUGUCAGAAUCCUACAAGACUUGUCAUCAGAUCUCGGUAUCAUCGAAGUCCAUGCCAUUUGA